UUACGCAUAUUACCUUGAUUGCAAAUCCAAUGUGAGUAUAAGUUGCCUUUUGGUCACCGAAUGUUAGCCUAACACAGAUCCAUACUCCACAAAACGAACAGCUGAUGUGACUGACUUGGGAUAGCUAAAUCCAGACGUCAGCACACAAAUAAAUUCAAACAAAUCUCUCUAUCAAAGAAUGCACUAAGAAUCUUUGACGUUCAAAGGACAAGAUCUGCGUAACGUGAGGUGCCAAAUUUUAAAAGGAGAACAGUUUGAAAGAUUUUGAGUUCUAUUGUAGCUUUGUACAGGGAUCAUCAGUUAAAUCAAGACCCAGACAUGGAUGAUCGUCAUCAACGCCUUCUUAGACGUCACAACGUGAGUUUCCGAAAAUUCUUGGAACCGAAGAAAAUUAUUCCAUAUUUAUCAUCGAAAGAAGUGAUUGAUGACGACGACGUGGAAAAUAUCAAUAAUCAACCAACCGUAGGAGACCAGGUGGACAUGUUGCUCAAGAUUCUUCCCAAAAGAGGACCUGACGCAUUCCUAUAUUUUGUGGAGGCCUUGGAAAGUGUGUCUACUCAGGCUUAUUUGGUAGAUUUUCUUCGUCAAGAUAAAGAAGCUAAAGAGAUGGGUUUUUUAGAGGCGAUUUCAGAACUAAGGCGUGUACGUUCCAACAGUGCAAAGGUCCGAGACAAGCUUCGCGAAACAUGUGUUGAACAAGAUAAUAUCCGAAAAGAACUUGAAGAACUAAAAAGCCUUAACAAAGCACUUCUCUAUCAGUCAAAAAACGAUAAAGAGGCAUUGAAUCUUAACAUCCGCAAGUUGAGCAACACAAAUGAGACAUUAGCGAAAAACCUAGAGAGAAGCAAUCAAGAGAAGUUAGUCCUUGAAGAGAAUAACACCAAGUUGGAGAAGGAGCUCCACAACAAAAAUCUGGCAAUAAAGAGAAUGGAAAUCGAUCUUCAAAGAAAUGACACAGACAUUGAUAAGUUAAAUUCAAGGAAGAUGAGUGGCGACGAUUCUAUCACUCGAGAGAAACGUCAACUCUUGCGCAGAAGAACAAACAGUGCCAAAAGCGAGAGGAUCCUAACGAAGAGAGUCAUCGCGAGCUGUGCAGGAAUGGAAGACUUCACACCAAUUGAUCGUGACAUGAAUAAUAACAUCCUGUACGGCCAAAGCAAAGAUACGAGUGAAUGCAUUCUUCAACAUAAUGCUAAAAUCAAGGAGCUUGAAAGAAAAUUAAUUCAUCUCGCGGCCGACAGAGAAUUGGCUUUAACAUGUUGUAAAAAGCUUGAAGAAGAGUUGCAAAGUUAUGAAGAAAAGCAUAAAUCUAAAAUAGAUAAAGAGACUACACCUAUGGAAGAAUCAGGAAUCACUACUUGUAGCAAGUGCAUCGAAUACGAAUCAGAGUUAUCUGAGUACAAGGAACUUCGACAACAAGCGAAGAAGAAAUUAGAAUGCGCAUUGAAAGAUGUCACUGAUAAGCAUGAAAGAGAAAAGAAAGAUCUGGAAUCCAGCUUACAAAAGCUUGAGGAGCUGUACAAUACAGCGAAGCAAGAAUUCAUGAACGAGAUGGAAAACGUACGAAAUGAAAUGACUGUCAAGCAUGCCAUUGAAAUGAAAGACUCGAAAGAUGAACUUGAAUCUCAAACUGAGAGAGACAAGCUAACAAUUGAACGUUUGAAAAGUGACUUGGAUAAGAUCAAAGAAACUAUCAAGACUAUUAAGGCAGCAAACAAAGCGAAAUUCCAAACAUAUAAAAAGGAAACAAACGCAGAGAAGAAAAAGCUAAAGGACAAUAUUAAAUCAAAGGACUUGAGGGUGCGACAGCUAGAGGAUGAGCUCAAAGAGGCCCAAGAAGAAAAGAACAAUGAUCAUGAUGUUAUCAGCAGUUUGAGGGAAGAUUUAAGGAAAGAACAAGAAAUUAAAGAAGAGCUUAGGGAUGAGUUGGCACAAUGGAGGGCACUUCCAGGGGGAAGAAUUUUCAACUUCAAAGACGAUUUUGACCGCAAUGGAAUUAUCUACAAUUUAGGAACCAAUUUCARCACAAAACCCUUCGUCAAUCCAGCCAAAAGUGGUAACCACACAAUCAAAGUAAAGCGAUCCUCAUGCAAACAUGGUCAACCUUCGGAUAUUCUCGAUCUUGCUCACUCCAAAGGUGCACUUAGCUGCACUGCCGACGCAGCAGGUUCCUGGUGGCAGGUGGACUUGGGAGAGACGCAUGCGCUGUAUGUCACACAUUAUACAUUACGUCAUGGCGGAGACAAUGGACUGUCAGUUCUAAAGAACUGGAAUCUAGAAGGAUCGGUUGAUGGAAGGAGAUGGAUCAUCUUACGAAAGCAUGAAGAUGAUUAUAGCCUGAAGGGCAAUAAGGGGACUUUCCCGUUUUUCACUGCUACUUGGGCCAUUGAAGGAAAGGUCGAGGCAAUGAGGUACUUUAGAAUCCUCCAAACAGGAAAGAAUUCCGCUGGGAGAUAUGCUUUGUACCUGUCUGGUUUUGAGAUUUAUGGUGUCCUACUUAAAUUGUGAAUGUACGGAGCAAGACAAGCUUCAAGAAGUUAGACAUUGUAUUUUGUUUGAGUCCGCUCGAAAUUCCGGGCACAAAAGUACUUACCUCAUUUGGAAGAAUAAGAAUUAGCUUACAAAAGAUUGUUUUACUAGUUGGAGAUUCACUAGGCAAAAGAGGAGUUAUACGGAGUUAUAUAUGGUAAACUAAGUUUGCUAAAUUCAAAAAUUGCAAGUGCGACAGGGUAAUGUUUGAUACGAUACCCUUCAAAGGUCUGGCAGACCUCCGCAAGAUAUCAGAACCUGAAAUAACACUAUAAAUCUAUCAUUAUUAGAAUUUGCUUUACUAAACAUAUAUUAAUCUUCCAUUUAAUAAGCAAUUAUCAAAAAAUUGGAGUGUGUUUAUAUAGAGUGUGUUAGAAUAUACUUCAUUGUGGUUUUUUCUUUAUCUUCAGUCCUGUAGGCUGCAUCCCGAACAGGGAGUGGAAGGCUAGGGGUCGUUGAUUUUGCUCCGUAGGACGGACCUUAACUAUGUUCGGGGUCUGAAGGUGAAUAAUAAAUAAUGAAAAAAUGAAAAAGGAAUAAUGAAAAAUGAAAAAAAAUCAAAAAUAUCACUAAAGAAUGAUGCAAAAAUAAAUACAAUGAAUAAUGGGGGAAAGACAAGAAUACACCUUGUUCACCUUCAGAAACUGACUAUGUGACAAAGCUAAAAGAUAUUUCAGCAAAAAAUAAUGAUUUAAGUACUCCUAUUACUCCCUUCCACCCGCCCCACUCUCCCUCCUCACCGUCACCCUUAGCCUACGGGCCUGUGCUUGAAGUUAUCAGUAUCAUAAAUAGUUUUAUCAUGGUACAAAUAUGAAUUACAUAAUCAGUUGUUUGAAAAACCUUUAAAAGUGUGAAAACUUUCAAAACUCUCUUGGUAGUGCUGACAAAUGUGUGUAUCAAAUUAAACGAUUCUUUUCCUGUUA